AGUCACGUGAGACGUCCUGUAGCCACGCCUUCUGUCCGGGCGGGCGUGGGCCGGGGCGGCGGAGAAGAUGGCGGCGCACAGAGGCGCUCCGGUGAGGUACGGAGCCUGAUCUCCGGUGUGAGGUGCAGCGGGCCGGGCCCCCGGGGAGGCGCAGCAUGGAGACGGAGGAGGAGCAGCACAUGACCACCCUGCUCUGCAUGGGUUUCUCGGAGCCGGGCGCCAUCCGCAAGGCGCUGCGUAUGGCCAAGAACGACAUCAACGAGGCGGUGGCGCUGCUGACCAACGAGCGGCCCGGGCUGGACUACGGCUACGAGCCCAUGGACAGCGGCAGCCGGGGCGACAGCGGCAGGAGCACGGGCUUCGACCCGCCCCCAGCCUACCAUGAGGUGGUGGAGCCCGAGAAGAACGACGAGAAUGGCAACAGUUCUGGAGAAAGCGUCGAGUUCCCCACCACAAACCUCUAUGAACUGGAGAGCCGGGUGCUCACAGAUCACUGGUCCAUUCCGUACAAGCGAGAGGAGUCCCUGGGAAAGUGCUUGAUCGCUUCUACUUAUCUGGCAAAGCUCGGUCUCUCCGACUCCGAUGAAAACUGCAAAAGGUUUAUGGAGAGAUGUAUGCCAGAGGCUUUUAAGAAGUUGCUGACAUCCAGUGCUGUCCACAAAUGGGGCACCGAGAUCCACGAGGGAAUCUACAACAUGCUGAUGCUUCUGGUAGAUCUGGUGGCGGAACGAAUCAAGCAAGAAUCAAUUCCCACUUGUCUUUUGGGCGUGCUCACCAUGGCCUUCAAUCCUGACAAUGAGUACCACUUCAAGAACCGAAUGAAGAUGUGCCAGAAGAACUGGUCCGAAGUGUUUGGUGAGGGGAACACUUAUGCAGUGUCUCCGGCCAGCAACCUGCAGAAGGAACCCCAUGGCUGGCUGGUAGAUCUAGUCAACAGAUUUGGUGAACUGGGUGGUUUAACAGCAAUUCAGUCUAAGUUGAACUCUGAAGAUGUAGAACUUGGGGCAGUGUCAGCAUUAGUGCAACCUCUUGGAGUCUGUGCAGAAUACCUCAAUUCCUCUACUGUGCAGCCGAUGCUGGAUCCAGUGAUACAUAAGAUGAUAAAGUUUGUCCAGGGCGUGGAAGAGAAAGAUCUUAAGGACAAGAGGUUGGUCAGUAUACCAGAACUGCUGUCGGCCAUUAAGCUGCUCUGCAUGCGUUUCCAGCCGGACCUUGUGAAUGCUGUGGAUGACCUCAGGCUGGACAUCUUACUCCGAAUGCUCAAAUCUCCUCACUUCAGCGCAAAAAUGAAUUCUCUUAAAGAAGUAACCAAAUUAAUAGAAGAUAGCACUUUAUCGAAGUCUGUGAAGAAUGCCAUAGACACGGACCGGCUUCUGGACUGGCUGGUGGAAAACUCUGUCCUUUCAAUAGCACUGGAAGGCAAUAUUGACCAAGCUCAGUACUGUGACCGGAUAAAGGGAAUAAUCGAACUGCUCGGCAGUAAAUUGUCCUUGGAUGAGCUUUCCAAAAUCUGGAAGAUACAGUCCGGACAGUCCUCCACUGUGAUAGAAAACAUUCAUACCAUUAUUGCUGCUGCGGCUGUGAAGUUCAGCGCCGAACAGCUCAACCAUCUUUUUGUGCUUAUUCAAAAGAGCUGGGAAACGGAGUCUGACCGGGUACGGCAAAAAUUACUGAGCUUCAUAGGUCGCAUUGGGCGAGAGUCGCGCAACGAGACUACGACAGGAAAGGUCCUGGAAGUCCUCUGGGAUCUCGCCCACCUGCCCACUCUACCAUGCAACUUAAUCCAACAAGCCUUAGAAGAGCACCUGACAAUCCUUAGCGAUGCCUAUGCAGUGAAGGAAACCGUGAAGAGGAGUUACAUAAUAAAGUGUAUAGAGGACAUCAAGAAGUCAUCUCAGCACAAUAAUCCGCAGGUUGUGUGGGUGGUCCCAGCCUUACGCCAGCUUCACGAAAUCACGCGGUCAUUUAACAAGCAGACCUAUCAAAAGCAAGACAAGAGCAUCAUUCAGGACUUGAAAAAGAAUUUUGAAAUUGUUAAAUUGGUGACGGCGAGUUUAGUGGCGUGCCAUCGAUUGUCUGUAACCGCAGUCGGUCCUGGUGGGCUCGUUGGAUCAUCUUUGGUGGAUGGCAGAUUCACUUACCGGGAGUAUUUGGAAGCACAUCUGAAAUUUCUGGCAUUCUUCCUGCAAGAAGCCACCUUAUAUCUUGGCUGGAGCCGCGCCAAAGAGAUCUGGGAGUGUCUUGUGACCGGCAAUGACGUCUGCGAGCUUGACCGUGAAAUGUGUUUUGAGUGGUUUACAAAAGGGCAGCACGACCUGGAGAGCGACGUCCAGCAGCAACUUUUUAAGGAGAAAAUACUGAAGCUGGAGUCCUAUGAAAUCACCAUGAACGGUUUCAAUCUUUUUAAGACCUUUUUUGAAAAUGUAAAUCUUUGUGACCAUCGGUUAAAGCGGCAAGGCACCCAGCUGCAUGUGGAGAAACUGGAGCUGAUCGGUAUGGAUUUCAUUUGGAAGGUUGCUGUGGAAUCUCCAGAUGAAGAGAUUGCCAAUGAAGCUAUACAGCUGAUAAUUAACUACAGCUACAUCAACCUCAACCCGAGGCUGAAGAAAGAUUCGGUUUCUUUGCACAAGAAGUUCAUAGCUGAUUGCUACACCAGAUUAGAGGCAGCUAGUUCUGCUCUCGGAGGCCCCACCCUGACCCAUGCAGUCACCAGAGCUACAAAAAUGCUGACUGCGACCGCUAUGCCGUCAGUGGCCACCUCUGUGCAGUCUCCAUACAGAUCCACCAAGCUAGUCAUAAUCGAGAGGCUUCUGUUACUGGCAGAGCGCUAUGUGAUCACUAUAGAGGAUCUCUACUCUAUUCCCAGGACAAUUCUACCUCACGGUGCCUCUUUUCAUGGACAUCUCCUAACUCUGAACCUUACUUAUGAGUCUACCAAAGAUACUUUCACCAUAGAGGCCCACAGCAACGAGACCGUCGGCAGCAUCCGCUGGAAGGUAGCGAGGCAGCUGAACUGCCCUGUAGAGAACAUGCAGAUAUUUGCUAAUGAGACCUUGUUAACAGUAAAUAAAGACCAGAAGCUGCUUCAUCAGUUGGGCUUUUCAGAAGACCAGGCACUCACCGUAAAGACUUUGGGAAGCGGAACCCCAUCAGGAAGCUCUGCAGAUGCCUCUGCCAGUUCCAGCAGCAGCAGCUCUGGCUUCAGCUCCUCCUAUGCCAUGGAACAGGAGAAGACGCUUCCAGGAGUGGUGAUGGCAUUGGUGUGUAAUGUGUUUGAUAUGCUUUACCAGCUCGCCAACCUAGAGGAGCAGAGAAUAACAGUGAGGGUACGGAAACUUCUGCUGCUGAUCCCUACCGAUCCGGCCGUGCAGGAGGCUCUCGAUCAGCUGGACUCUCUUGGUAGAAAGAAGACACUGCUGUCAGAAUCUCAGUCUUCAAAAUCCCCAUCUCUGUCAUCCAAACACCACCAGCCCAGCGCCAGCUCCAUCCUCGAGAGCUUGUUCAGGUCUUCUGCUCCUGGCAUGUCCACCUUCCGUGUCCUGUACAACCUGGAGGUCCUCAGCUCUAAACUGAUGCCAACUGCCGACGAUGAGAUGGCAAGAAACUGUGCCAAGUCAUUCUGUGAAAACUUUCUCAAGGCUGGAGGAUUGAGUUUGGUGGUCAAUGUCAUGCAGAGAGAUUCUAUUCCUUCCGAAGUAGAUUACGAGACGAGACAAGGGGUCUACUCCAUUUGUCUACAGCUCGCCAGGUUUCUGUUAGUGGGGCAGACUAUGCCAUCGACUUUCGACGAAGACCUUACAAAAGAUGGAGUUGAAGGGCUGUCAUCGAGGCCUUUCCGGAAUGCAAGCCGCCAGUCUAGCCGCCAAAUGUCCCUUUGCGGGACCCCGGAGAAAUCCUCAUAUCGGCAGCUGUCUGUGUCUGACCGCUCCUCUAUCAGGGUGGAGGAGAUCAUUCCUGCUGCUCGUGUUGCCAUUCAGACCAUGGAAGUCACUGAUUUCACUUGCACCGUGGCCUGCUUCAUGAGACUAUCUUGGGCAGCAGCGGCCGGAAGGUUGGAUCUUGUUGGCAGCAACCAGCCCAUUAAAGAAAGCAACAAUACCUUGUUUCCUGCCGGACUCCGCAGCAGACUCAGCAGCUCAGGAAGUAAUUGCAGCUCUGGAAGCGAAGGGGAGGCCACAUCUCUUCACGCCUGGAUCUGUGUCCGGCAGCAGUCCGUGUCUACCAAAGAUGCCAUAAUUGCUGGAGAGGCCUUGUCCCUGCUAGUCACGUGUCUGCAGCUGCGCAGCCAGCAACUGGGUUCUUUCUACAAUCUGCCUUCAGUCGCUGACUUCACCAUUGAUAUCCUCCUGGGAUCUCCGAGCGCGGAGAUUCGACAUGUGGCCUGUGACCAGCUGUACACCCUGAGCCAGACUGACACCUCCGCAUACCCAGACGUACAGAAGCCCAAUCUCUUCCUGCUGAACGUCAUCCUGUCUGCACAACUGCCGCUGUGGUCGCCGACCAGUAUAAUGCGCGGCAUUAACCAGAGGUUGUUGGCACAGUGUACAGAGUAUUUUGAUUUGAGAUGUCAGCUCCUCGACGACUUAACGUCGUCGGAGAUGGAACAGUUGAGCAUUAGUCCGGCAACCAUGUUGGAGGAUGAGAUCACUUGGCUGGAUAACUUCGAGCCCAACCGCACAGCAGAGUGCGAGACCAGCGACGCGGACAACGUGUGGCUGGCCGGCCACCUCCGGCUGAUCAAAACACUCCUCUCGCUGUGUGGUACUGAGAAAGAAAUGCUCGGUCCCUCUCUGAUUAAACAGCUCCUGGAUGAUUUCCUGUUCCGUGCCUCAAAAAUAAUCUUAAAUAGUCACUCGCCAGCUGGUAGCGGUGCACUAAGCCAGCAAGACUUCCACCCCAGAUGCAGCUCUGUGAACAGCAGGCUGGCGGCAUACGAGGUGUUGGUGAUGCUGGCAGAGAGUUCCCUGGCUAAUCUCCACCUCAUCACUAAGGAGCUGCUAUCAAUGCACCAUCAGCCAGAUCCUGCACUCACCAAGGAAUUCGAUUAUCUCCCACCUGUUGACAGCAGAUCAAACUCUGGGUUUGUCGGCCUUAAGAACGGAGGAGCGACCUGUUACAUGAACGCCGUCUUUCAGCAGUUGUACAUGCAGCCGGGUCUUCCUGAGGCAUUACUCUCCAUGGAAGAUGAAACCGAUAAUCCAGAUGACAGCGUCUUCUAUCAGGUCCAGUCUCUGUUUGGCCAUUUGAUGGAGAGCAAGCUGCAGUACUACGUGCCUGAGAACUUCUGGAAGAUCUUCAAGAUGUGGAACAAAGAGCUGUACGUCCGAGAGCAACAGGACGCCUAUGAGUUCUUCACCAGCCUCAUAGACCAGAUGGAUGAGUAUCUCAAGAAAAUGGGCCGGGAUCAGUUCUUUAAGAACACAUUUCAGGGCAUCUACUCAGACCAAAAGAUCUGCAAGGAUUGUCCCCACAGAUAUGAGCGAGAGGAAGCAUUCAUGGCUCUGAAUUUAGGAGUGACCUCCUGCCAAAGCCUAGAGAUUUCCCUCGACCAGUUUGUGAGGGGAGAGGUCCUUGAGGGGAGCAAUGCGUAUUACUGUGAGAAGUGCAAAGAGAAGAGGACGACCGUAAAGAGGACUUGCAUCAAGUCCCUGCCCAGUGUCCUCGUCAUUCACCUUAUGAGAUUUGGCUUCGACUGGGAAAGUGGCCGCUCUAUAAAAUACGAUGAACAGAUCAAGUUCCCGUGGAUGCUAAAUAUGGAGCCGUACACAGUGUCUGGAAUGGCGCGGCAGGAUUCCUCCUCAGAGGUGGGCGAAAAUGGAAGACAUAGCGAUUCCAGUGGAGGGUCUCCGCGGAAGAAAGUCGCGCCAACAGAAAACUAUGAGCUGGUUGGAGUGAUCGUGCACAGUGGUCAGGCUCAUGCCGGACACUAUUAUUCCUUCAUUAAAGACCGCCGGACCUGUGGGAAAAGCAAAUGGUUCAAAUUUAACGAUACAGUCGUGGAGGAGUUUGACCUGAAUGACGAGACUAUCGAGUACGAAUGCUUUGGUGGAGAGUACAGACCAAAGGUUUACGAUCAGUCCAACCCCUAUCCUGAUGUGCGCCGGCGGUACUGGAAUGCCUACAUGCUUUUCUAUCAACGCGUGUCUGACCAGAACUCUCCUGUUUUACCAAAGAAAAGCAGAGUCAGCGUGGUGCGCCAGGAGGCGGAGGAUCUCUCGCUGUCUGCCCCAUCAUCUCCUGACAUUUCACCCCAGUCCUCCCCUCGGCCCCACAGGCCUAACGAUCGCCUCUCUAUUCUAACCAAGCUGGUCAGAAAGGGAGAGAAAAAAGGUCUGUUUGUGGAGAAGAUGCCUCUCCGGAUAUACCAGAUGGUGAGAGAUGAGAAUCUGAAAUUUAUGAAGAAUAGGGAUAUUUACAACAGUGACUAUUUCAGCUUUGUGCUGUCUCUGGCUUCUGUGAAUGCAACCAAGCUCAAACAUCCUAGUUACCCUCCAAUGGCCAAGGUCAGUGCACAGCUGGCCAUCCAGUUCCUCUUUCACACCUAUCUCCGGACAAAGCGGAAACUCAGGGUUGACACUGAGGAAUGGAUCGCCACCAUUGAAGCCUUGGUCACUAAGAGCUGCGAGGCGUGUCAGUGGCUUGUGGAGUACUUUGUCAGCUCAGAGGGUAGAGAACUUGUUAAAGUCUUCUUGCUGGAGUCCUGUGUCCGGGAGGUGCGAUGUGCUGUGGCGACAGUCCUAGAAAAGACCUUAGAUGGGGCGUUGCUUCACAGAGACAAGGUGAAUGGCGUCCACCUGCUGAUUGAGAUGCUCCUCAGCCUGCUAGAUAAAGAUGUGCCUGAGAGCUGCAAGAACUGUGCCCAGUACUUCUUCCUCUUCAGCAACUUUCUGCAAAAGCAGGGUGUUCGGGCUGUUGAACUCCUCUUGAAAUACUCGGCUCUGCGGCAUUUCAUCAAUUUCCUGCUGGGCCCCAAUCGGAAGAACAACCAGAAUCGCCGAUGGAGCCCGGCACAAGCCCGAGAGUUUGGCUUCCUGCAUAACACAAUAGCAUUGCUGGUCCUGUAUUCCGAUAUUUCCCCCCAUCGGACUGUCGCUCCUGGUGUAUUCAAGUGUCACCCUCCGCUAAACACACCGGGUCCCCUGCUGGCACUCCACUCAGAGGUUGAAGCUUUGAUGUUUACCCCGGAAGGAAAGUCUUACCUGCUGGAGGUGAUGUUUGCAAUGAGAGAGCUGCCUGGGUCCCUCUCUGUUCUCAUUGAGAUGCUGGUGUAUUGCUGCUUCUGUAACGAGCGCUUCUCACUCACCGCGCUGCACUUCAUUAAGAAUCAGCUGGAGUCUGCUCCCCCACAUGAGCUGAAGAACAUGUUUACGCUGCUGCAUGAGAUCCUGGUGAUGGAAGAUCCAGUGCAGUUACAAAGACUUCAGUUUACGUUUGAAUCUGACGGGUUGUUGGCGCUGAUGCACCACAGUAACCAUGUAGACAGCAGUCGCUGCUACCAGUGCGUGAAGUUCCUGGUCACUCUAGCCCAGAAGUGUCCGGCUGCUAAGGAGUAUUUCAAAGAAAACUCUCACCAUUGGAGCUGGGCGGUGCAGUGGUUACAGAAGAAGAUGUCUGAGCACUGUUGGGCUCCGCAGAGUAAUGUGUCUAAUGAGACCUCUACAGCCAAGACUUUCCAACGGACAAUCUCCGCACAGGACACAUUGGCCUAUGCCACCGCCCUGCUAAAUGAGAAGGACCAGUCAGGAAGCAGCAAUGGGUCGGAGAGCAGCCCAGCCAAUGAGAAUGGAGACAGGAGUAUGCAGCAGGGCCCCGACUCGCCAAUGAUAAUUGGAGAUCCGAAAAGUGACCUUGAGGACGUUGACCCCUGAAGACAGCCUCCAGGUACAGAAGGGGAAAGGAUUGUCACGCUGUGAAAUGAAUGCACUUUGAGAACCACAACAGAUUCAUCUUAACAUUUCCACUGGAGUCCACAGCCCAGUACGUUGUACAGGUCUACAGAGGCGACGUAUCCAGACCCACUCAAGGCCAUAUCUGGAACUGUCUCGAUAAACAGAACUUUAUUAUUGCUGCAAAAAAAAAAAAAGAGGGAAAAAAAACGGAUACAAAGUAUUUUUGUCAAGAUUUUAUUGAAGAGAAAAAAAAAUAAGGAACUCCCGCAAGUGGUUGAAUUUUUUUCUUUUUUGUUCGCGAGCAUUGAAGGAGUGAAUGUACAAUUGUUGCUUUUUCUGUAAUGCUGCGACGAUUUCAUUUGGUUUUAUACGAAAUAUUAAAAGAAAAAUCUUGACUGAUUUUAGGUGCAUACACAACUUUUUAAUCUUUCGAUAUUAGGAAUAUUAAAAUGAUGUAAAAAUGUGUAAGACUUAACCUUGUACAAAUUUAGUUUGCAACUGAUCUUUUAAAGAAAAAAAAUAUACUUUGUAUUUAAUAUGUCUCCCAAAAUUUGUAUAGUGCCAUAGGAACCUGCAUCACUCUGUUAAUCGGACGUUCGGCCUUUAAAGUGCACCUAAUGCCUAGUCACAGACUCUUUUAUGGGCUGGACUAUCAAUUCGCUAGCAGCUGGUGACCUCACUGAGGCAUGUUGUGUACAAUGUGCAUCUUACCUCGGUGAUGUCUCUAGUACAUGAUAAUAUGAUGGUGACUGUCUCCGUUACAUGCAGUAGACUGGAAACUAAAAGGUUCCUGGAGGUUGGAUAAAAAGGAAAUGUAGUCAAAAAUCCUGUAACUUUCACAUUUACAUUGUAUAGAGCUGCCAAAUAUGAUUUUUGUAAAUGUUUUGUACAAUUUUUUUUUUUUUUUUUUUUUUAAAGCUUCGUCUUGGAGAUGGAUAAAGGAGUCGGGGCAUUUUGAUGUUUAUCAUAUUGACUUAACGAGUUAGACUCGUAUGCUGAUCUGAUAUACAAGAACAGUGUCUUGUACUUCUAGCAGGUUUUACAAGUAACUUUUCGCCAGUAUUUUUUCCCCCUUGUUCAAGGUGUAACCUUUCACCAUAGAAUUGUUGUUUCUCGAACAUUUAAAGCUUUCUUCACUGUGCUACAUUAUUCAACAAAAGAGAGAGAGAGUGCCCAUUUCUCCGCAAAUAGGAUUUUCUUUACACAAUAAGGAAUUUACGGAGGAAUGAAGCUGUAAAAUCCUCAUGAAAACGGCACCAAAACGUCUCUUAAGAAAUCCACCCCAUUUGACGCACCUUAUCCCGAACAUUUUCUUUUUGCCCGUAAUCCAGGACUCUACAGGAGCCAGGAAAUACGCCACACCGCAGCGUUGGGCUUGAGAGAGCACCUGGCUUCCUUAUAGGAAAAGUUUGUCACGAACUUGUAAGAAGUUUUGUCAACUCCUGCCUUAAGCACACAGAAACAUGUUGAUCAAAGUUCAGUCUUAUCGUGGAUGCCAGUCAUUGAUUCCGGCUAUACAUUUUCUGGGACAUUAGUUUAUAUUCCCUGCGCAGAAUGAAUGUUUAAUGGUGCAGGGAUCGGAUUUGAUUUAUGUAAUAUAUAAUGAUAUCAGUAUAUACUUUCUCAGUAACUGGAAUUUGCUGGAUCACCCCUUUCCCCCUACAAGAUCAUAAAAUGGCAACUUUGGGUUUGGGAUGUCUUAUAUUAGGAGGCCCCAGAUGAUGAUUUGUAUGUUUUGUGCCAAUUAUUUUUUAUUGAUUGUGUUGUAUAUUUUCUUGAUUUGUUGCACUGAUACUUUAUUUUUUAGGUCUUUCCCAAUAAAUGCACCAUAUUAUACAACA